AACACCCGCAAUGUCCACUUGCAUCAACGGAGAGCGUCGCAGGCCCUUUCCCCCAAGUGGCACCUUCCUAUCCGUAGCCAGCCCUACGGUAGUUUCAGGCACAUCGUCUUGGGCGUCAAAGCAGGUAAUCCAAGGAAAGUCCUUGUGCAGCUGCUAUUCCAUCUAGUUCAUCCAGCAUAUUAUCGGCACAAUUGCGCAUUACUUUCAAGAGGGCAUCCCGUCAGCGGGAACAGAUCCCUCUCCAGCCUGGAAUUCUCUUGCACAGAUAGAUCAACUAGCUUUCCACACCCUAAAGCAGGAGGUCCAUGA